UUGCCGCCAGUGUCGGGCGUCUGCGUCUAUCGACGUUCGUUGUUAUUCCGUAAAGCAAAUGUCAACCGUUGACAAUUUUACUCCAGGGAUAUCAUAAACCUCAAAAAAUACUCUUUUACUUCGCCAAAAUGGAGGAACAAACACAGUGGAAAGCUGCCACGGCGCCAACUAACGAUGCUAGCAAAAAUCAAACUCCUCCCACGCUGCUUUCGAGUCUGAGGAGUGUUUUGUUUGUAAUUGGAACAGUGGUUGUAGGAUUUGCUGCUGUCUGCAAUUCGCUCACAUGGCAUCUACAGAGGUUUUGGGGUGCCUCAGGUGAUUUCUGGCAAGCCCAGUGGGACAAAAUUUUAGACAAGUUGGGAGACGAUCCCGCUACGUUAUGGGUGUUCGGAUCUAUGGGUUUAACAUUCAUCGUAUACUGGAUCUUCGGAGGGAUUUAUACGAUCCUGGAUAUAACAAACAAACCAGCUGCUUUGCGCCGGUACAAAAUCCAGCCAGGAACCAAUGAGCCUGUCGAUUCUAAGGAACUGUGCAAAGUAAUAGCUCAAGUGCUUUUCAAUCAGCUCAUCGUGGGUCUCCCAUUAGCAUAUGCUAGUUACCAUUUGAUGGAAUGGCGUGGCUAUCCCUCUGUUCGAGAACUGCCAACUUUUCAUUGGGUUUUAGCCGAAAUAGCCAUUCACAUCCUUUUCGAAGAAAUUGGAUUCUAUUAUUCUCACAGAUUAUUGCACAGCAGACAUCUGUACAAGUACAUUCAUAAGCAGCACCACCAAUGGACAGCGCCGGUGGCUGUGACAGCAAUAUACUGCCAUCCUCUUGAGCACAUCGGUUCCAAUCUAAUCCCUCCAUUUUUGGGAGUCUUUAUAGUAGGAUCUCAUGUGGCCACAGCCUGGCUAUGGUUUUCACUCGCCAUUCUUUCAACGCUCAACGCUCAUUCGGGAUAUCAUCUGCCAUUCUUCCCGUCGCCCGAGGCACACGAUUUUCAUCACUUGAAAUUUAAUCAGUGCUUCGGAGUCCUAGGAGUCCUCGAUCGUUUACACGGGACUGACACGCAAUUCCGCAAUUCCAGAGCGUACGCUCGACACAUAAUGAUGCUUAGUCUAAUUCCGCCAAGAGAAGCCUUUCCCGAGGAAGUAAAAUAUAAAUCAAAAUAAAAUAAAUCCAAGGCUCCUGAAUCUUACGAUACCGAAAUUCAGAAACCUUUCUGAACCAUUCUGAGGAAGGCAUUUAGUUGCAGAAAAUUCUCAAACCCUGAGUCAGUUGGAAUCCGCAAAUCAGGUCUCUAAUCCUGAAAAUCUGAAACACCAGAAAAAAAGUCACCUGAGAACGGAAAAGAUUUUACAUUAGUGGAUUUUUUUUAGUAAUCGAGAAAAGGAGGUUUCAAAACCUGGUCAUUUUUUUAAUGAUCUAGAUUAAGUGCAGACUUCACAAUAUGAAUUUUAGGUGCAAACGAACGUUUUCAUUGAUACACACUUGCACGACUGUGGAGCACAUGUGAUACGUUACAAAUUUGCGACUCUAUCAUUAUCAUUAAUUUUUCACGACCUUACUCAAUGAGCUUUCGCCUCCUCUACCAGGGUGGCUGCAAAACUUCAUUUUCAAAAUUCCAUAAUUUUUCUCCGAUUUUCCCUAGCCGAAAUUGCGAACGGAAAGGUUACGGGUAUUUGCGUGACCUUAAAGUGAUCGCAUAGUGACCGUUCCGUCCACUCGGCUUUUUAGGGAAUAUUUUUAUUCUUUUUUACAUUUUUUCGCAAUUUUACAUUGAACUAAACACUCUUUUCAUCUUUUCUACCAAUUUAUAUUUAUUUUUAUUUAUUCAUGAGUUCAAAAAUUAAACGUUAAAAACUGUUUGCGGCAACCCGGCCCAAAAUAUUGCAUGCUAGGUUGCGGUAUACAGUUUUUAAUUCUUGAACAAUUAAUUUAAUUCUUAAAUAAAAUCUUUUAAAAUCAUUUCAACAUUUUUUAAUUUAUUGAAGAAUGCGUGCAAUUUGAAAAAUAAAUCUAAAAUAUUU